CACACACACACACACACACACACUGUCUCUCUCUCUCUCUCACACGGAGGGCGCUGCAUAACUCCACUGAUUCCACUCCUGCAUUUUUAACGCUGUUGUGGAACUUUUGUUGUUACUGUGCACCGGGUUCGGUUACACGGCCCGAAGGACGGGUUCGGUUCUGUUGUUCGCCGAGGAGGGACUCACUGUGGACGAGGUGUACGGUCAGGCCUGCCCUGAUGCCAUCGCCGUAGCAACAUGACCCUCAACACCCAAAGAGCGAAGGAGCCCCUGAGGCGCCGAGGCAGCACGCCGAUUCCUCCCGCCCACUUCUACCAGCACCCGUCUUGGACCCGGGACCUCCAGAACCCCCGGCUCCCCGCCGGCGCCGCCAAGCGUGGCCACCUUCCCCUGGGACAGUCGGCGUCCUACCACCCCGGAGACAAGUCCCUCCACUACCGCGCCCAGUGGAGCUCGGACUCGGACGACGACUCGCAGAGCGACUCGGACUGCGUUUACAGAGUGGUGCUGCUGGGCGACCACGGCGUGGGAAAGACCAGCCUCGCGGGAAUCUUUGCCGGAAUCACAGAGAAAGAUGAACAACCGGGAGAGGAAUCGUACGAGCGCACGCUGACGGUGGACGGAGAGGAAUCCACGCUCGUCGUCAUGGAUACCUGGGAGAACGACAAACUGGAGGACGACGAGGACGAGGACGACUCCUCUCAGCACGACUGCCUGAAGGUCGGGAGCGCUUACGUCAUCGUCUACUCCGUCACCGACCGCGCCAGCUUCGACGCCGCCUCCGAGCUCCGCAUCACGCUGCGGCGCACGCGCCAGGCCGAGGACCUGCCCAUCAUCCUCGUGGGAAACAAGAGCGACCUGGUGCGAUCCAGAGAAGUGGCUGUGGAAGAGGGCCGAGCGUGUGCGGUGGUCUUCGACUGCAAGUUCAUCGAGACGUCGGCGUCUCUGCAGCACAACGUGACCGAGCUGUUCGAGGGCGUGAUCCGGCAGAUCCGCCUGCGGCGAGGGGACGCCGAGGCCGCCCGGCGCCGGGGCUCCGCGUUCAAGCGCAAAGAGAGCCUCACCCAGAAGGCCCGGCGCUUCCUGGACCGACUGGUGGCGCGCAACAACCAGCGCAUGGCGGUCAAGGUGCGCUCCAAGAGCUGCCACGACCUCGCCGUCUUAUGAGGACGCUCGCGCGCCCACCGGCAUCCGAGCGGGUUCGUGGUUCGUGGCUCUGGUUCUUUUGUCAACGCCGAGCUGCUUCCCGCCGGUUGCGACAUCGUGGACGAUGGCGUGCGCGGGUCUGGUCUCACGCUCAGCGAGUCGACGGCAACGCCGGUCGGCAUCGGACGAGUCAGCAGACGGUGCCGGAGGUUUGCUGCGUGGAACUCUCGUUUCCUGUUUGUUCUGAGCGUUUCCUUUGGGUGACUUGCAGGACGGGACUGUGAGCUGUGAGGGUUGAAGGUUGGACGGCGUUGUGCGUUUUGUGUGCGUGUGUCUGUGUGUGUGUGACAGAGAGCAGUGGGUGUCCUGUAGUUCUCUGUGUCCACUGAGGUUCCUUCUGUUUUCUGUUAUCAUCUUUUUAGGUGUUGAUGAAACAUCCUUCUAGUUUAUUAUUAUUAUUUACAAUGGACCACUCAUUAAGCCCCUCCCCCCAAAAGUGAUUGUCCAAUCAGAUCAAGGCACUUGUUGCACCAGAUCCAUGGAUGUUAGUUUUUUUGCCCUAAAUAAGAUCAACUACCACAAUGCCGAGGGGGUUGUUAUUGAGUGUUAACUCAUAUUUCAUAUUUUAUGGACUACUUUAUUGCCUUUGUACAAAAGUCAAAAACAGUGAGUAAACAGUGUUUACUUGCAGAUACUACGUGCAUGAAACACCGCUAAUAAAGUCAUUGCACCGCUGAGUCUAAACCGUGAUUCUUUUUCUAUUUUUUGCAUGCAAAUAACUUGCAAAUCAGAAAAAAGAAUUUGGUGUUGAAUUGUGUUUGAUGUGAGAAACACAAAAUGUUUUUAUCUAGCUUACACAGACGACGUGCUGUUUACCCCACGUGGGGCCUCUGGUGCCGGUGAAGUAAUUUAUAGUAGAUGACAUGCUGCAAGAUGCCACGAACCAAACUCUAGUGGUCAGAAUUUGCAGCGACCCACCGGACGCACCGAUGCAGUUCACACUUUCAGAGUGUGAACGUUGUGUGGAUUUAAGCAAUCUGGGUCACAAAAUGUGUUCUUAACUACGAAGAAGAAGCCGCGUGCAACCAUCAGAUGAACCGUUGCAGAAUGUUUACUGUUGCCACGGUGACGCGAGGUCCCCGUUUGAAGAACAGGCGGCAUCACCGCGCCGUUGCCAUGGUGUCGUGCGCUGAAGGAAUGAGUCCUAAAUUCUUAAAUAAGUCUUUUCUGCAUUACAAGUUUCCUUUUGUGACUGUGAUGUUUUGUUCAAUAGACCCACUUGUUAAUUUUUUAGCUUUUUAAAGCUUAUUUAGUUUAUUAGUUUGCUAAUAAAUGCUCAUUGAAUGUAAACAUAAGGAACAGUUGAAGCUGAUGGGACGUUUUUGCACUUAUUAAGUCAUAAACCAAAAUACUGGACUAAUUUA